CAUGAGCCUUUGCAUUUCAGUCAGCAGGAGAUUUUUUGUUUUUUUACUUCCCAAUUUUUUCGUUCGUUGUGCUGUACCACCAUGGCUCGUACCAAACAGACGGCCCGUAAGUCUACCGGCGGGAAGGCGCCCCGUAAGCAGCUGGCCACCAAAGCCGCGAGGAAGAGCGCUCCGGCCACCGGCGGCGUCAAGAAACCACAUCGCUACAGGCCAGGCACGGUGGCGCUGCGCGAGAUCCGCCGUUACCAGAAGUCCACCGAGCUGCUGAUCCGUAAGCUGCCGUUCCAGCGCCUCAUCCGGGAGAUCGCGCAGGACUUUAAGACAGACUUGCGGUUCCAGAGCUCGGCAGUGCUGGCCCUACAGGAGGCGGCUGAGGCGUACCUGGUCGGACUGUUCGAGGACACCAACCUGUGCGCCAUCCACGCCAAGCGCGUCACCAUCAUGCCCAAGGACAUCCAGCUGGCCCGCCGCAUCCGUGGGGAACGCGCUUAGCUCUGGGAACGACGGGGUCACGUGUUCAUUUGUACAUAGAAUGUUUGGGAACGAGAGGCUCACCGUGGCAGCUAUAUUUGUACAGAUAAUAACUAAAUCUUAGUGUAGUGAAACGUAGGGGAGGGUUGACGUUCAAAACGUGUGAUAGCGAGGUCUCACAUAAUUAAUAAUGUAGUCAACUUUUGAAGUGACUGAACUGCAAGGCUCGUUUUUGUCCGCUUUGAUUUUUAAAAAUUGUCCACUAAAACUGUAGAGCGUUCAGUGUUUGUAAUUUGUAAGGCGUUUGUUGAAUUAUUGUUGCAUCAUCUCUGUAGAACGAUUGUAUAAUCCUCAAGCUCAACAAAUUGUAGUGUAAAGAAAAAAUGUUAAGUAAAUUGUGAAAAUUUUGAAGAAAAUUGCGGUCAUGUUUCACACCACUGUGUAAAAUGUAUUUUACAUUCAAAUCCAAUUUGCAUAUGUGUGUACAUCCACGAGACAACUGAGAAUUUUACUUUUUCGUUGUAUCUUUUGAGUUUGAUUUCUAAUAAAAAUAUUCUGAACGCAU